GGCAUUUUAUUCUUUGCAGAGAAAUGAGUUCCUUGUUGGUCGGAUUUUUCCAACAGCUCCGGGUGCAAAGUAGAGUACAGAAAAGGUUUGCUCCGGUAUCCCAAUUCUUCAGUACUACCACACACCGGAGAGGGUUGGAUGAGUUCUUUGAAGAAGAGAAGAUGAGAGGUGAAGAUAAGAUCCGUGUAGGCCGAGCCUGGAAACCUGACGAGCUCCGGCUCAAGAGUAACUCCGACCUGCACAAGCUCUGGUUUGUCUUGUUAAAGGAGAGGAACAUGCUUCUCACCAUGGAGGCUGCCUACCAGGAUAAAUAUGUAGCUAUGCCUAACCCGGAGAGAAAGGAUAAGGUUGAAGAGAGUAUGGAGAAUCUGGAAGAAGUUGUAAAGGAGAGAAAUCGAGCAUAUUAUCAACUUGAAGUUGGAAUUACAGGAGAACGAGAUAGAUUUUUCCGAAGAGAUGCCCUGGGCCGUAUUGUUCCUUAUAAACCUGUAGAGCAUGCUCUACCAGCAAUUGUCAACGCUCCUUACAGAAGAUUUCUUAGACACAAAUAUGGUUGCAGUAUGAACCCGUACGUUCAAGAAUUUCUUGGUAAAUACCAAGAGAAGAUUAAUAGAAGAGAGAACCAUAAAGUUCUGAUGGAGAUGAGAGAUGCCGCCAAAAUAGUUCGAAGAUUUCCUGAUGUGAAUAUUGAGGCUUUACAGGAGAGAUUUCCUUUACUAGACCCUGCCAGGUUAAUGAGAUGGAAGAAUAUACGAGGACAUAAUAAUAAAAAUCAAAACGUUUAGUUUACAUAAUUUCAGAAA